CGCGUUAUUUUGGUGUAUUUCUAAAAAAAAUUUUUUUUGGUCACUUUACCAGCCGGCAUUUACCAAAAAAAUAUAAAAUAAAACAGAAUAAUGGCAGAUAAAAAGGUGGGUGGCAACAAUGACGGCAAGGAGAAGCGCCGUAAAGAGUCCAUUCUGGACCUCUCCAAGUACCUGGAGAAACAGAUCCGCGUGAAAUUCGCGGGCGGCCGCGAGGCAUCCGGAAUCCUCAAGGGCUACGAUGCGCUGCUCAAUCUGGUGCUGGACAACACGGUUGAGUAUCUGCGCGACUCGGAUGAGCCCUACAAACUGACCGAGGAGCAGACCCGCAGCCUGGGACUGGUCGUCUGUCGCGGCACAGCCCUUGUGCUCAUUUGUCCACAAGACGGAGUCGAGAGCAUCGCCAAUCCGUUUAUAACGCAAUAGUCCAAGGAUUUGUGGCUGGGAUGCGUUCCAGGAAGUAGACUAAGUACAAGGCUCUUUUGGAAAUCGGUUUAAAUAUAUUUAGCGGAGACAUACAUACAUA